GACUGUCACCAUAAUAACCCGAGCGCAGGCUAACGUUAGCCAGAUAAAUGCAUCCGAAUGACUACAAAGGAAGGCCCUGUCUGUAAGCGCACAUGGCAUGAUUGGUGAGGUGUUGGCUAACCACCAGUGGGUUGAGCCUCCCUGAUUUCUACAUCCACUACCGCAGUAUGAUGCUGCGCGCAUUUCUGUUUCCGGGUGUAGCAGCAGCAAACGAUGAAUCAUUUUGCAUUCGUGUGGCCGGGCGAAAGUCUAACGUCUUCCUUUCCCUUGAGGAUGAUGCGUUUAGCAUGUAGCACGGCCCUGCUGUUUGUGUUGAGGCUGCUGGUGGACUUGCCUUGGUACCAGGUUCUCCUGGCCGUCCUGAUCUUCUACCUGGGAAGCGGAGGAUGGAGCUUCUUGAAGAUUUUUGCCAAAACAAUUGGCAGAGACUUGCAUGCGGCAAGUGUGUUGUUGCGGGUGAGGAUGAAUGUCAGGCGCCACGUCAGAGAGAAGAACACAAUUCCCAAGAUUUUUGCUGAAACAUUGCGCCGCCACGGGGACAAACCAGCACUCAUUUUCGAGGGGACUGGGGAAUCGUGGACCUUCCGACAGUUAGAUGAGUACUCCAACAGAGUGGCUAACCUGCUGCUGGAACGAGGCUUCAGGGAGGGAGAUGUAGUCGCCCUUUUUAUGGAGAACAGGUCCCAGUAUGUGGGUCUCUGGCUGGGCAUGGCCAAGAUCGGAGUAGAGGCUGCUCUCAUCAACUUCAAUUUGAGACUAGAGGCCUUGGUCCACUGUGUCAACAUCUCCAAUGCCAAGGCUGUGGUUUUUGGCUCAGAGCUGAUUGAUGCUGUAUCUGAGGUCCACAGUUCAAUGGGGAAGGCAGUGCAGAUGUUCUGUUCCGGAGACUGGGACCCAAAACGAGUCCCACAGGAAACAGAGUGCCUCGAGCCCCUGCUGGCUAAAGCCCCAUCUCACCUACCCAGCCAGCCACAACGCUGCUUCACAGAUCGCCUGUUCUACAUCUACACGUCAGGAACCACUGGGAUGCCUAAAGCAGCUAUUGUUGUGCACAGCAGGUACUACCGCAUGGCAGCUUUGGUGUAUUAUGGCUUUAGGAUGACAUCAGAUGAUGUGCUAUAUGACUGCCUGCCACUGUACCAUUCUGCAGGAAACAUUGUGGGUGUGGGCCAGUGUAUCAUACACGGCAUGACAGUAGUCAUCAGAAAGAAGUUCUCUGCCUCACGCUUCUGGGGCGACUGUGUCAAAUACAACUGCACUAUUGUGCAGUACAUUGGUGAGGGGACCCAGCCAAUUCGGGACACAGAGCGACAACAUCGAGUGCGCAUGGCACUGGGCAAUGGCCUGCGCCAGUCCAUAUGGGAGGAGUUCAUGAACCGCUUCAAUAUCCCGCAGAUCGCAGAGUUCUAUGGAGCUACAGAGUGCAACUGCAGCCUGGGCAACUUCGAUAACAAGGUCGGAGCGUGUGGCUUCAACAGUCAGAUUCUACCCUUCUUCUACCCCAUCAGACUGGUGAGGGUUGAUGAAGAGACCAUGGAGCUCAUUAGAGGACCUGAUGGUGUCUGCAUUCCCUGUAAACCUGGCGAGCCUGGCCAGCUAGUAGGCAGGAUCAUUCAGAAUGACCCUCUUCGGAGGUUUGAUGGCUAUGUCAACCAAUCGGCAACAAACAAGAAGAUUGCUAAUAAUGUCUUUAAGAAGGGAGACAGCGCUUAUCUCUCUGGUGAUGUGUUGAUCAUGGAUAAGUACGGCCACAUGUAUUUCAAGGACCGAACAGGAGACACUUUCCGCUGGAAAGGAGAGAACGUCUCUACGACCGAGGUGGAGGGAACUCUCAGCAAGCUGCUACACAUGAAAGAUGUAGUUGUGUAUGGAGUGGAUGUACCAGGAGCCGAGGGAAAAGCUGGAAUGGCAGCCAUCGCUGAUCCAUCUCUCACCACCGACCUGGAGAGGUUUGUGAAGGACAUGGAGAAGGCUCUUCCUCCAUACGCCAGACCUGUCUUCAUCCGCUUCCUUCCAGAGGUCGACAAGACAGGAACAUUUAAGUUUCAGAAGACAGAGUUGCGUCGGGAAGGCUUUGACCCCAGUGCUGUGUCAGACAGACUGUACUUCCUGGAUUCCAGCAGAGGGCGCUAUGUGCAGCUGGAUGAGGAGCUUUACCGCUCCAUCCUGUCGGGGAAAAACAAAUUGUGAUGACUAGGCCGACCACUACAUCUGCACUUGCACACCUAGACACACACAGAUACAGAAAAGAAGACGGUGUUGUUUGACCAAGAUAGCAGAAUGUGACUUUCACUCCAUAUACACACAAAUACAUGUUAACUAAUAGCCAUACACACUCAAAUGCCAACACAUUUACAUAUAUACACAUACACAUUGUACUCCCAAAACCAUUUUGCUAUUUGAU